GAAAACAUUAGCUACAUUCAAAAAUAAAGCGCUUUUUAACAAGGAAUAUCUGACCAAGAAAAAAAGGAAAAAUGAUGUAUUUCGAGCAUGUCAAACAACUUCACGACUCAGAAUUGUAUCAAGAUUUGAAGCAAUUGGCUUGCAUUGUAAUGUCACUAUGUGAAAGCAACACCUACACAGAGAUUUUAACAUUGAGUGAAAAAUAUCAAUGUAUGGUAUAUUAUGGAAAUGCAUUGUUUCAUCUGGGGGAGUAUACAAAGGCUGAGGAUAUCUACAAAAAAGCACUGUUGCUUCGGAAGGCAAUAAAUAAAGCCAAGGGUAAAACUCCUUCAUCAACAACACAAACAAACGAGACAACAUCCGAUGUAGAAGUUAAAUACAAAAUUUACCAGUGUUUAUUACAUGGGAAACAUUGUAAGGAGGCAAUGGCUGUUUUGGAAGGAAUCAGUACAAAACAAAGGACAGCCAAGGUGAACCUGGCGCUGGCCAAGCUGUAUCUUAGAUCUGGUAUGGAUAGGUCAGCUAUUACAAGUUACAAGGAGGUUUUGAGGGAAUGUCCAAUGGCUUUAGAAGCAAUAAAUGGUUUAAUGUCACUGGGAUUGAAAGGGUCAGAUGUUCACAGUCUUGUAUUGAAUGGUUUACCAACUGGUACAACAUGUGACUGGUUAACUCAGUGGAUUCGGGGUCACUGUCAUGUGAAUACACAAGAUUACGUGAAUGCUGUAUUUGUUUUCCGUUCCGACAACCAGGGAUGUCUGAAGGACAAUGUGUAUCUGAUGACGAGUAUUGCCAAGGCGCUCUUCCUUGAUGGACACCAUGCACAAGCCAUUAUGGCUUUCAAAAGGGCUCAUGCUGUGGACCCACUACAUCUAAAUCAUAUGGAUGUGUAUUCAUACCUGUUGUUUAAAGAGAAAAGAUCUUCAGAACUUCAAAGAUUAGCCAAUCAGCUGAUGAUAGCCACGGAGGCAGCACCUGAACCAUGGGUUGCUACUGGAUACUUGUCAAUGUUAAACAAAAAAUAUGUUAGGGCAGUUUACUUUGCUCAAAAGGCAAGCAAUAUAGAUUCAACUAGUGUUGAGGCGUUGUUGCUGAAAGCAAGUGCUCUGUUAGAACUGAAGAAAACCCAUGAGUCCAUCAUGCACUUCCAGGCAGCCAUGAGAUGGGCGCCUCACAGGUUUGAGGCAUAUAAAGGUCUUACUGAUUGUUACGCAUCAAUGACAAGGGAAAGAGAGGCUCUUGGCUGGGCGGGUCGGGCUUUGAAAACCAUUGGUGGCAAUGUUAGAACAUUAACUUUAUAUGGUUCAAUAAUAGCAAGAGAUUCCUCAGCCAUGGCAAAGGCAAAACCUUAUUUAGAGAAGGCUAUGAAUCUCGACCAAUCAAAUUUAGGUCCCGUAUUUGUGAUGGCUGAAAUUUUAAAAGCUGAAAAACAGUUUGAUAAAGGCGUAGAAUUAUUAAAAGGGUAUCUACAGAAAGAGAGUACAUGUAAGUUACAUCAGACACUGGCAGAUUUUCUAACACACACCGGGGAACAUCAAGAGGCUUUAGAUCAUUACAGUAAAGCAUUAGGACUAGACCCAUUAAAUGCGAAGGCUAGAGAAGGAAUGGAGAGGGUAGAGAAACAAGCAGAAGCUGGUAUGGAUAGUACAUUUGAUGUUGAAGUGGAGGAGAUGGAGAAUAGUGAUGCUGAUGCUGAUUUUGACGCUAGUGAUGUGGAGAGCACAUGGUCAGAAAAUGACUUUAGUUAGCAUAUAUGGAACACUGACGUAAUCUUUGGAUAUGAUCUGGGUCUUGGAGGAGUUUGCAAAAUGACAUGUAUAAUUAAUUAAACUUAAGUAUCUGUUGUACAGAUGUUUGACUGAUGACUUGAAGUGGGUGAAAUGUGCUGAUUUUGUUGCCAUGUAGUUGUGGUGUUCAGUGUUAUUUAUGUGUUCUUAAAUGUGAUCGUGGAUUUGUUCUCGAAGAGAAUGUUGAAAUUCAUUCUCACAGAACUUAAGUGGGAAAAUUAACCAAAAAGAAAAGCCUCGAAUAAUGUAUGUGUGAAUGGUUCAUAUACAAUAUAAGUUACAUUGUAUAUAUUUGAAAAGGAACUUUCAGCAGUUUUAGCAGUGAUCUGGACGGAACAUUAAACGUCAUGUUGCUGUCACUGCACACCCUAUCAUGUUGGACCAGUAUGCUUGAAAGUCAGAACUAUCUUGUUGAAUAGAAAAUAUCAUGUGACAGAAAUAGAAAGUGAGCAUGACUUACUAAGUAACACAGUAAAUAAAAAAAUUGUGUGAUUGAUUCAUUUCAUUUGACAGUCAUGCUUAUUUAUAGUAUUGUGUUUUAAUUGGAUAGUCAUGCACAUCUGUAACAACUUUUGUAACAUUGUUUUUCAUUGGCCAGGUCACAAACAUUUGUAACAUUGUUUUUCAUUGGCCAGGUCAUGAACUUUUGUAACAUUGUUUUCCAUUGGAAAAUCAUGGAUGGUGGAUAUGUAAUAUUCAAUGACGGUUUUUGAACGGACAUUCACAUGAAAUUAUAAAAUUCAAAUGUUAGUAUGUACAUGUUGCCAUAUUUGAUAGGGGUUGUCUUAGUUUAUACAGAAUUUAUGAAUAGUUGAGAUUCUGUAGGAAGCUAUAACCUUAUAGACACACUCUUGAAUCUGUUUCUGGAACCAAACAAUAAUGUGCAAUGAGUAUAAAGUUUCUUGCCCAAGGAAACAACGGCUUGCACGGACAGGGUUUGAAUUUACACGGCUAGAGAUCCUUAGAUUACUAGUCCGACUAACCUCUUGGCCAUGUCGCCACAAGUUUGUCUUAAUAAUGAGAUUUUGAUAGCAUAAUUUGUGAGAUAAAAACAGAUGUGUUUUACAAAUUGAGAUAAAAACAGAUGUGUUUAACAAAUAAAAGCAGCACCAUCCUAAUGUAUAUGUUUUUUAGCACUAGACAAAUGUAACCCAGAUCUCUCACUAUGGGCUCAGUGCAGGGGAUAACGGAGCUCGGUUUUUUAUUCCGUCUAUAUUCCUGUUAUGCCUUGAAGUGAGUUUUUGCAUUUGCGCCUAAUUAGGUGGUGCUUAUAUUUUAUCUAAAGCACAGUGGAGAAGGGUCAUUUAUCAAGUAUUUUAAUCCCUUUUAUCGAUGGACAAUGCUUUUACAGUCCAUUUUGUAAUCUGAAUGUCAAAGUCCCCUCGCUCUGCUUUGAACUUUGGGGCGUGGUUACGUUUGACUGGUGCGUUACUAAGAGUAUUUUUUUGGUGUUGAUGCUAAUUGCAUGUGAUAAUCUAAUUAAAUUGUAUAUAAAUUGUUAAAUGUGUUGUUUUAAACUUUGCCAUCAUCAAUACAAAUUUGAAUUAAAGUGA